UCUGAGCAUGCUCGGACCUGUUGGGCAUGCUCAGUGAUUUUUUUUUUGUUUUUUUGUUUAAGAAGUGCAAACGUCGUCGGGCACAGAAAACUACUAAUACAGUAGAAGAAGCCGGCGGUAGAGCUGCCUAGUCUCGGCCAGGGAGAGCUGCCCUGAAGCGACGCUGUUAAAAAAGAAAAAAAGUGUUUUCAUACGCCUCAAGAGUCCGGGAAGGGAGUUCGUGCACAAAAUGCAAAAUUGUAGCUGUCGGUGUAUUGCCUGCACAAUCCCCCAAGAAGCGCGUGCGUUGUUCCCAAACAGUAAGAGUCACUAAAUUAGGAGUGGUGGAGAGAAAGUCGCCAAGUGGACUGGCAUGUGCAAUACCAGCAGGACAUCCCAGUAGCACCACACUCUGAUGUCAACGCAUUGAUCCAAGACUCUUCUCUCUCUCUGGCUUCAUCCCAACAGCUCUAUGGCAACCCAGAAGAAACUGCAGGGUCUUAUGGCAGCCACCAUCACUCCAAUGACUCAGGAUGGAGAAAUCAACCUCUCUGUGAUUGGCCAAUAUGUGGACUACCUGAUAAAUGAGCAAGGUGUAAAGAAUGUAUUUGUGAAUGGGACUACAGGAGAAGGCCUGUCCCUGAGUGUCCAGGAGAGGAAGCAGCUGGCGGCAGAGUGGGUGGCCAAGGGCAAAGAUAAGCUUGAUCAUGUGAUUAUUCAUGUUGGAGCUCUCAGCUUACCAGAAGCAAAGGGAUUGGCUAAGCAUGCAGCAGAAAUGAGAGCGGAUGGCAUAGCGGUCAUGCCCCCCUUCCUCUUCAAACAGGUGAAUAAAGAUGCUCUAGUUGCCUUCUUGCGAGAUGUUGCAUCUGAAGCCCCAGGCAUCCCGUUCUAUUAUUACCACAGCCCUCCCCUGACUGGUAUAAAAAUUUGUGUUGAAGAGCUACUAGAUGGGAUGAAAGAGCAGAUCCCCACCUUCAAGGGGGUGAAGUUCAGCGACAGAGACCUCCUGGAUUUAGGGCGGUGCUUGAAGAAAAAUGAUAACAGCCAGCUUGUGUUUCUGUAUGGUGUGGAUGAGCAACUCCUAAGUGCACUGGCAAUAGGAGCAACAGGGGCAGUUGGAAGCACCUAUAACUAUCUGGGCAAGGUAAAUAACUCAAUGCUGGAAGCUUUUGCCAGUAGAAACCUCUCCGCAGCACAAAAAUAUCAGUUCUGUAUCCAGGAAUUCCUCGGUUUUGUCAUUGCACAGGGCUUUGGUGUUGCACAGACCAAAGCAAUCAUGACUCUGGUUUCAGGGAUACCAAUGGGUCCCCCACGGCUUCCACUCUCAAGUGCCUCCGAGGAGUUUAUUGCUAAAGUAAAAGCCAAGCUCGAGAGCCUGAAGAAUUGCACCUACAGCUGACUUUAAACAUCAGUGUAAUCAUAGGAGCAUGGUCCAUAUGAUUUGAUGUUUAGAACUUGAGACGCAUAUUAACCAAACAACUUUCAUGAGGAAAUUACUCAGUGACUCCUAUUGGGGACUACCCACUGAUGUCCUCUACUUAUCUUGCCUAUGUGGAAAACAGCAGCCGCUUUCUUGCCCGCCAAGGAUAUGGUGCCUCUUCAAUAGGAAGAAACUGGCUUAUUUUAAAAAUAGGUCAAUCCUGUUGACUGAAAUUCUGCCAUUCUUCUGCAGUAUUGGAGGACCGGGCACAGAUUAGACUGCCAGACUCUUCUGUUUGUCUUGCCCCUUUCAGAUGUCCAACAAAACUACGAACAAUAAUAUAAUUGGAUUUGGUAGCUCUUAAUCUUUGUGUUUAUAAAACCAAAACCCUACAUUUCUAAAAGUUCCAAUGUGGGCAUUGUUUAGACAAGUUCUUGAAUUUACAAAGUGUUUUUAUAUCUUCCUGAGCAGUAAAACAACUAGAGUAACAUCA